UCUGGAUAGGUCAGAGGUCAGCACUUGUCAUUCAAAAUUCAUCUUUCUGGGUAAAGCAAGUCAGACAACACUUUUCCACCUCUAUUUGCUUGCUGUUUUCCUGCGAUUCUUAAGGAAAUGCCUCGUCAACGAUCCGAAAGUCGAUCGGGGGGAUCGAUGCGCCGCCAAAACAGUCGAAGCAGUCAUGUCUUUGCCACAAAGCCAUCUCGUGGGAGCAGCAAGGACCUGCCGGCAGUGCAGCAGCCCAAGAAGGAAUCCCUGCCAGCAGCAGCCCCUCCUGCAGCUCCUGCCGCCGAGGCCAAAGGACCCACGGCUGGGGAGCGCUUCAAGGACAUGGCUACCACGGCGGCUGGAGUAGCUGCAGGAUCCGCAGUGGGACAUGCUGUGGGCGCAGGACUCACUGGAAUGUUCCAAGGUCGUGGUCAGGCAGCACCGGCACAGGAGAAGUCCCAGGAGGGAGCUUCAUCAUCGGCACCAAAGCCACUGGAACUGGUGGAGGAUGGUCCUUGUGCCUUCGAACUGAGGCAGUUCCUCAAGUGCACCGAGGAGAACGGCAAGGACCUCUCCGUCUGCAAGGAGUUCAAUGAGGCCAUGCAGCAGUGCCGCCGACGAUAUAAUGUUUGAGAUCAUAUACACGAGCAACAGGCUGGAAGAGCAAAUAGAUGAGACCCAAAAUUAAACAAAUAAUAAAUAAAUAUAACAUUUUUCAGA